AAACGAUGCUUAACUUUUCUUUUUGUUUAUAUGUAUAAAUAAUAGAUUUUUAGGAUUCUCCUAAAAAUGGUCUUACCGGCAAUCAAUAACGUACUGUCGGUAUCGGUGUAGAACGUACGAACGUACCAUCAAAUACCAUUAGUGUCUUGCAACUUGCAACGAUACCGGAUAGAUGGCGCCCGUAUGCAGAUAUUUUUUCGCUGUAAACUGUAACUAGUAACUGUUGGUAACUGUGCGUCUGCUGUGUCGUCUGUGACAGCUUGUGAAAUGAGAGUCUGUGUCUGUGUGGUUGUGGUAUGGCUGAUGGUGGCUGAUGGCUGGGCAGUGGGCAGUGGGCAGGCUGGGUAUGGCUAUAUCGUUUCCAACUCCAACGAGUCCAACGCGUGCUUGACACGCGGCAUGCGACAUGGCCUUUCUCAAUGAAUUUUACUACACGUAUACGUGUCCGUACAAGUGUUUCACGUAGUAGAGGAGACAACGAUGAUAUUGACUGAUGUUGACAGACUUCAGGCUGCUUCAGGCAGCUCAAGGCUCAAGCCCAUCAGGCUCUCACUCCCACGCUAAUGUCGCGAUUGUUUGGUGACUGGUUAGUGAGUAGGAAGUAGUGACUAGUGAGUACCGUCGGCGCGGCGCGGCGCGGCGCGGCGUCGCGUAGAUUGCGACGUGCGAGAGAUGCACGGUGCACGGUGACAUGACAGUCACCCGUCACCCAUGAGAGAUGUCAAGUUUUCACGAUUAUUGUGCCUGAUAACGCGUGCGCGAGCACACGGCACAAUGUUCUUGGCUUUGUCGCAUAGCGGAGGAUCGUAACUGUAACUGCCUGCAGUCGUUCGCCUUCGGCCCAUUUUGGCCUACGUUUAGCCUAAUACAGCGAAAGCUGUCUUCUUGAUCCUCACAACGGUAUCCUCAGGAUCCUCACAUAGACGACUAAUAGCCGCACGUAGCGAGAUGGCGGACGAUUCGAGCGUACGCGUUGCCGUGCGAAUAAGGCCUCAAGUAGCUCGCGAAGUAAUCGACAUGUGCAGGAUUUGUACUCAGGUACCUCAAGGGGAGCCGCAAGUUUUUCUCGGACCUGACAAGGCCUUUACGUACGACUACGUGUUCGAUACUCCGGUGAAUCAAAGCGCGAUUUACGAAACAUGCGUGAGCCGUCUCGUGGAAGGCGCGCUGGACGGCUACAACGCGACGGUUCUUGCCUACGGGCAAACCGGCUCUGGUAAAACUUACACUAUGGGCACCGGUUUUGACGUAGAGGUCGACGAGACUAUCGUCGGGAUCAUACCUAGAGCUAUUAGACAUCUUUUCGAUGGAAUAGCGGAUAAACAGCAGCGCGCGAGGGAACGCGUGCAAAUGCCUCCGGAGUUUAAGGUUACAGCACAAUUCUUGGAAUUAUAUAAUGAAGAUUUGAAAGAUUUGUUGGAGCCAGGAGGACCGAGGGGUGGUGCGCGUAUUCACGAGGAUACAAUGGGUAACAUACAUCUGGCUGGCGUAGAGCCGCGCGUCGUUACCAGCCCUGAACAAGCCUUAGAGUAUCUUCGUGUGGGCGCGUUAUCGCGCACGACCGGAUCUACGCAAAUGAACACGCAGUCCUCCAGAUCGCACGCGAUAUUUACGUUGUACGUCAAACAGCAAAGAUGCAUCAAAGUCGAAGAUCCUGACGCGGAUGUCGACACGAGUGGUGUCGACGUAGCGAAUGAAUUUGAAACGUUAACCGCCAAAUUUCACUUUGUCGAUUUGGCCGGUUCCGAGAGAUUAAAGAGAACAGGCGCUACCGGUGACAGAGCGAAGGAAGGCAUUUCUAUAAAUUGUGGAUUGUUGGCCCUGGGUAACGUCAUUUCUGCUCUCGGUGAUAAAACAAAGAAAGCCUUGCACAUACCGUACAGAGACUCAAAGUUAACCAGAUUACUUCAAGAUUCUCUCGGAGGAAAUAGUCAAACGGUUAUGAUAGCGUGUGUAUCGCCAAGCGACAGAGAUUUUAUGGAAACUCUGAGUACGUUAAAAUACGCGAAUCGAGCGAGAAAUAUAAAGAAUAAAGUUACCAUUAACCAGGACAAGAGCUCGAGAACGAUCGCUUCGCUACGACGAGAGAUUCAACAGCUUCAUGUGGAAUUGAUGGAAUAUAGGCAAGGCAAGAGAAUCGUCGGUGAAGACGGAGUUAACGACGCCUGGCAUGAAAAUCAAAUGCUGAGUAGCGACGUACAGAGUCUUCGCACUAGAGUGAAAGCACUUUCGGAGACGGUUGAGGCAUUAACCGCCAAGAAUGCUCUGUUGUUGGCGGAAAAAGCAGCGGGUCAAUGGCUAGCGGCAUCGAGCAAAGGUGAUGACCAAGUGACUAGCUUGAUACAGGGCUACGUUCAAGAAAUAGAAGAGUUGAGAGCUCGUCUAUUGGAAGCGGAAGCUAUGUAUCAGCACUUAAAAAAAAGGCAAAUGCAGGUUAACGCGGCGAAUCCAUACGGGGAUAGUUCAUUUCAUUCCGAUUCUGCAUCCGUGUUGAUCGACGCUAAAAGAGACGUCGAAAAAGAGAUAGAAACGUUAAGAGCCUUGAAAGAACAACACAGUCACGGUGGUACGACUACCAGGUCAAUGGACGAGGGAGAAAUAGAUGAUGCGGAGACUGCACAGGAUUCUGUAAGCGAGGAUGAUUCCGACGACGAUUCCGAUCGUAAAGAAGAAGACGAAGAAGAGGCAGCUAUGGGUCGUGAAUUAGAAGCGCUAACUUCCGAUAUCGAUGUUAAGCAGCGCUUGAUACAAGAGCUUGAGCUCUCUCAAAGACGUUUACAAACUAUGAAGCAGCACUAUGAGGAUAAAUUGUCUCAAUUGCAAGCUCGUAUUAGAGACACUCAAGAAGAAAGGGACAAAGUGUUGUUGUCUUUGCAGCAACAACCUACACCGCCUACCGAAAAAGUGAAAAACGUACGCGACGAGUACGAGAAGAAGCUCGCUAACAUGCAAAAAGAGAUGCGUCUUCUACAAUCUGCUAAAAAAGAACAUGCAAGGUUAUUGAAGAACCAGUCUCAGAAUGAAAGUAGGUUGAGAGGCCUGAGAAACGAGCUUUCGGAAAUGAAGAGGGCAAAGGUAAAACUUUUAAAUAAAAUGCGGGAAGAAGCCCAACGGCAUAAAGAAAACGAACUGAGACGCAAUAGAGAAAUAGCACAGUUACGUAAGGAAAGUCGUAGGCAUGCAAACGUGAUCAGAACGCUAGAAGCUGACAAGAGAAUGAAGGAAGUUGUUCUUAGGCGUAAACAAGAGGAAGUAACGGCACUACGAAAAAGGGAUAAAGGAUUGAGUCAAAAAGCUGCCGGUCGUGCACCAGUCAAGCCACUUAAUCCUAAAGCACUGAAGCAAAGGUGGCAGACGUUCGAGAGAACAAUCGCUAAACAAGCAUUAGCGAAACAAGCUGCCGCGGAAACGGAGAGAGAGAUGGAAAGACUACUUCAAGAAAGAGAAGAGUUGGGAAGAGAUUUGGAGAAGCUUCAAAAACAGAGGAGUCAAAUUACAAGCGCGAGAGGUGAUACCGUCGAUAUCGAUGAAGAAAUCGAUAAUGUGGAAAGUAAAAUCAGUUAUCUACAGGAUAGUAUUGCGGAAUGUCAGCGGGACAUGGUCGAGAUGGGCGAUGGUGAAGCGGAGAAUGAACCCGGUGUCGAAACGCUCAUCUCUACAAUUCGAACAGUAGACGAAGCACAGUACUUACUUCAACGAAUGCUCGCAUUUACCGUGGAGCAAAGCUGCAUAGCUGCGCAAAAGCAGCUCGAGGUGCGAGAUAUGGAAUCACGACUCAAUCAAGUUGCGCAAGAAAGCGAUGUACAACAUCAAUUGUUGGAGCACGUUUUACGCGAUAGAGAUCUUUUAUCUCUCACAAACACGCAGAACAAUGUAUUAGCUUAUAGCCCAGCUAGUUCAAGAAGCUCCUCUCCUGAUAAUGAAAGUUACGGUCAAAUUAUACUUGGCGAAGAAAGACAGCGUAAUAGUAAAGUUAGAAGAAGAACAACGCAACCACAAGAACUUCUCUAUGGUAUACACGCUAAUCCUGAAAAUGUCAAGGCAGACGAUCAGAAUCAAAAUCAUAAUCAUCCUCUUACUAGGGUCCCCAGUGCACCAGGUAGUCUAAAGGGACUGGUAUUAACGAGAAAUCAGUACGGUAGUACUGGUGGAUCGCCAACUUUGAGUCGUCGCGACAGUACAUCGCCCAGAGCUCUGCGACGGCCGAUUCAUCCUGGUGGAGGCUCCAUGGAGCAGGUAGCGCAUACGGAUAUAUCUUCACCUCCUGGAUCACCGACUACGUACAGACGUUUCAAUAGCCGCGAGGAAAACGUAUUCUCCAGAUUAACUGCGAACAGGCAGCUAGUCGCGUCUGAGCCACAACCAAUGAAAGGAAUUAUCUCGCAGUAUCAGGGCAAGGUGCAACCACGGGCCAUUUUGCAAUGUUCUCAUGUUGCGGAAGGACAUAACAAAGCUGUCCUUACUAUAUGCGUGACAUCAGAUUUACUUUUCAGCGGCUCGAAAGAUCGCACCGUGAAAGUAUGGGACUUGGAGACGGGAAUUGAAAGUUUGACUUUAGGUGGACAUCCCAAUAACGUCGUUGCCGUAAAGUAUUCCGCUGUUCAUCAGCUUCUAUUUAGCGUAUCCGCGGCAUACGUUAAAGUUUGGGAUUUAAGAACGGGCAACAACUGCAUAAAAACGUUGCUUUCUUCGGGUCAAGCUCAAAGCGGCCCUAUCGCAUUAUCGACUCCGUCUAGGAUACUUCAGGUCCCCAUGGGCGAAACAACGAUUAACGAUUUAGCGCUCAGUUUGGACGAACAGGAACUAUAUACUGCAGCUAGCGAUAAAGUUAGGAUAUGGGAUCUUCGUAAAUUGACGUACACCGCUAGAUUGAGCACACCACACACAGCGGCCGUUAUGUGCUUGGCCGUUGCUGAGGAUGGUAGAGUAAUAGCGGGUAGCAAGGAUCAUUUGAUAUCUCUCGCCGAGCCUAAUAUAUCCGGACCGUCCGUUAGUUUAGCGCCACCACAUUAUGACGGAGUUCAAUGCUUAGCAACAAUCGGUUCUACAUUAUUUUCCGGCUCUAGAGAUAUGUGCAUUAAACGAUGGGAUCUAAGCAAAAUGGAAUUGGUUCAAUCCCUAAACAACGCUCACAAAGAUUGGAUUUUGGGAUUGUGUACGAUAAAUAACGGUUCCAUAAUGAUUUCGGGAUGUCGCGGUGGUAUAUUGAAAGCAUGGUCAGUUCCUAAAGAUCAUUUAGGGGAAUGUACGCCUAUCGGAGAAGUGCGAGCGCACGCUUCUGCUAUCAAUGCUAUCGUGACCAAUCAGCAGCAUAUAUUUACAGCGAGCAACUCUGGGGAGGUGAAGCUGUGGCGUAUACCCGAUUCCUCAUUAUCCAUGUCCAUCUCCACAGUUUCCCUUUAACCUUAUUUGCUUUUUGCUUGUGCGUCACUGUGUGUUCGUUUAUCUUAUAUUUUUCUGAUAAUGUGCAUGCCGUUACCUGUAUUUCAAUAUUCAAAAGAUUUUACACAUAAUGCGGCGGUAAAGCUACAUUAUUUGUUAUGCCUUCAUCGAAUGUUUUACCAUACAUUUUAUACGCAACGCUAUACCAUACAAUACAAUAACUAAAAUACUAAAAGCUUAAAGUCGAAUAAAGAUGUGCGAUUACAUUUUGUAAACUUGGUGUCUAUAUUUACGUUCGCAUUAUUUCUGCAAAUCUUGUUGGCAUAAUUUAAUCGCCGCUACAAAAUUCAUAGCCAUUUUCAAAAUUGAACGUCAUGUUUGAGAGGAUUAAAUUUAUAAGUACGCGAGAUCCACGAGCAUCUUCUUGCUAUAUACGAAAUAAAAUAUGUAGAUAAUAAUAAUCAUUCUUUUGCUAGUAUAAUAAAUCCCAAAGAUAAAUAAUUCAAUAAAAUCAGUUUUUUGACACGUGUAACAAGUCUAUCAGUCUAGGGUGUAUGGAUGUUUAAUUCGUUAUUAUUUGCUUCUAUGUUGUUUACUCCACUUUGGUGCUUUGCAUGGUCAUCGUGUCGAUACGAAGCGAUGGAACUGUGAAAUUGUGGAACUAUAAACGAGACGCAAGGACCUUCCACAGGAGCAACUCACUCAAAAGCUAACACAUGUGUGUCGUAUACUACGUAUUAUAUUUAAUUUGCAAUUAUACAGUUUUAGUUUAAUUUAAAUGAUAAUGCACUUGAUCCUUUUUUUUAUAC